CUUGCUGGUUCUCAUGGUUCUCAUGGUAUGACUCUUUCAACUCACCUUGAUGGUGGUGCUGUUAGUCUGCCAGGAGUUGGUGUUGGUCCUGCAUUCACUAAGGGUGAGAAACCUCCUAUCAUAGCGAAGAGUAAUCCCAAUCAAGUUAAUGAGAGUGAGAAUGAUAAGAAACUAAGGGGCCCGAAAGGAGAAUUGAAUGACAGAUUACAAGAUCAUAACCAUGGGAAUGAAAAUCAAGAGGAAACUGUCGUAUCUCCCCCUCUUCCUUUACAAGAAGUCAGUAUCAAUCAGCCUAGUCAGUUGACAGAGCAAGCAGAAAGUACUCAGAAGCAUCCAGUACCCAGUGAGUCAGGUGAGAGGAGAACUGAGAGGCAACAAGAACAGAUAAAGGAAACCACACAAGGUCCUCAACAAGAGAACCACAAUACAGAACCAAAUACCACAGGUACAACAAGUACAGAAUCCCAUGUUACUGCUGACUCAAACCCACAUCCUACUACAGAUGCAUCACCUAGUGAAAUAACUCAAUCUGGUCUAUCUACUGAUGAUUCAAACACACUAAACAACACGAGCACGGAGCCCAACGGUACCACUGAUAAUGUGACAACGGCAGAGAAUAAAUCAACAAAUGGUGUCAACACUGUGGGUGCAUCAGCAGAAGGGAACACCAGAGCGAACACGACCUCUGUCACUAUCAAUACCACCAGUAACGAGGAAUCAAUCUCAACUACCACAACCACCAAUACAAUUCCUCCUAUCACUGGAAUCAGCAAUAACACCAUAAUGCCAAAUGUGAAAAGUGAUGCAGACAGCAGCAGCAGUAUCAGCAGUUCUGUGUGGGUGCGUGUACCACUACUGAUUGUGGUUACACUGGCCUGUAUUCUUGUGUGCUGA